AGCAAUUGCUAAUGGAUGCGCAGAACUUACACAUCUGAAGUUAGUGGUUGCACCAUAUUGGGAACUAUCGGAAUUGAGUCCAUUGGAAGAUCUUGCCCGCACCUAACUGAAUUAUUUUUGAUGUAUUAUCAAAGAGUUGGCAGUCCUGCUUUUCUUGAAAUUGGGAGAGGCUGUAAAUUCUUGCAAGCCCUUCACUUGGUCGAUUGUGCCAGUAUUGGAGAUGAUGCCAUCUGUAGCAUAGCUGAAGGCUGCAGAAAUCUGAAGAAACUUCACGUUCGCCGUUGUUACGAGAUUGGAAACAAGGGAAUUAUAGCUGUUGGGGAAUAUUGUAAGUCUCUCACAGAGCUCAGCCUUCGUUUUUGUGAUAGGGUGGGGGAUGAAGCCCUUAUUGCCAUUGGUAAGGGCUGCCCCUUACAGCACCUAAAUAUCAGCGGCUGCCAUCAAGUUAGUGAUGCUGGAAUAAUUGCUAUUGCAAGGGGUUGCCCUCAGCUCAGUUACCUAGAUAUAAGUGUUCUUCAGAAUUUGAGGGAUAUUGCAUUGGCUGAACUAGGAGAAGGAUGCCCGCUACUCAACUAUUUAGUAUUGUCACAUUGUCGUGAAAUAACUGAUGUUGGUUUAGCUCAUCUUGUCAAAAACUGCAGUUUGCUUGAGACCUGUCAAAUGGUUUACUGUCCUAGUAUAACUGCAGCUGGAGUUGCCACCAUUGUUUCCAGUUGUCCCAAUAUAAAGAAGGUUUUGGUCGAAAAAUGGAAACCUAGUCAAAGGACUAAACGCAAGGCAAGUGCAAUACUCCAUUAUCUCUGUGUGGAUCUUUAGGCCUGCACAUGUAAAGUCUGCAUCAAUGCUAUGUUAUAGAUAUAGUAUCAAAGCUGAAGAGAGCUAUAAAAUUUUUGGUGUUUAAGAGGAUGAGGACGGGAAUGUAUUUAUAGUUACCUAUCAUUUAGUGAUUUAUUGUAUUUUAUUAUGUGAAGGUCACCUUUGGUUUACCUA